AUGAGUGUCGAAGAAAUGCAAAAAUUAGAAGAAAUGCAAAAAUCCUCGCAAAAAAUUUACGAUGAAACCGAUGCAGUUUAUCAAGGAAUUCGUCGAAUUCUGGAAUGGAACGAUUUGAACUUGACAAUCGAUCAAUUAGUCGAUAUAAGAAUUAUGAUUAUUCAAUGGAACAGUUUGGCUUAUUCAGGAGCAAAAGAUUUGCAAAAAUACAUCGAGGAAAACAUUGAAAAAUUAUCAGAACAAAUUCACGCUAAAAGAAUUUUACGUGUAGUAUCAGGAUUAAAUUCUAACCGACAUCAAAUUCAAUUAACCUAUGAUGAUAUGUUAAAAAUGACAAAAUUAUAUACGACUUUAAUGAAAUGGCUUCGGGGUAAUUGCAAUGCAGUUUGCACAAUUGACGUAGUCCUUAAAACUUAUAUCUUAAAAUUCGCCUCGGGUUACAACGACGAACUCCUUGUACGAAAUACCUUGAUGGAAAUUGUGCGAUUAUUGGCUAAUGUGAACAGCCAAUCGGUUAGCGAGAACACUCCGCCAAUAAUGCGCCUAGAUAGAAAUUGGCGAGUGAGCAGCGCCGAGCCGAUAGGCAGCGUCAUAGUCCGAGUAAGGGCCGAAGACGCCGAAAACGAUCGACUGACCUUCGGCAUAGAGCCGAUUUCAAGGGACUCGAAUUUGGGAGGACUUUCGGGAAACGUCGAAAGGGACAUCCCUUUUGAAAUCGAUCCCGACACCGGAGUCGUCACUUUGACUAAGAGCUUGAAAGACAGGGGUGGCCAAAACUUUUUCCUGUACGUCACUGUGUUUGAUGGCCAACUGAAGGCCAAAAAUGAAGUCUAUGUUAAUAUUGUGGACUCUGAUAAACCUACCAAAGUUGUUGCUCCACACAACCAAGCUCCUCCACCGCCACCAAGAAUUCCACCAUUUCUAUCAGUACCAGGUUACAAUAAUCGUCCUCCAAUAUCAUCACCAGAUUUGAACGUUUUUUUAAACAAUAAUAAUAUAAAUAUAAACCAAGAAGGAGUUGGUGUGGUUGAACCAAGUGUGGCCAAAAAAGAUGGUCCUAAAAUGACAAAUGCAUCUCCCAAUUCAACCAAACUUCUACCAUCAAUCGAUUUCCAUCCCUUACCAGCAAAUACCACAACUGUUGGGGUAACUGACACCAAUUUUGGCAACCAAACUUUGGGGGAUGAUUUGGAUAAUGAAGAUGAUACCACGACAAAGAUUCCAGCUAUGGUAACAUACAAUUUUACGAUCACUGUUAUACCAAUGGCAAUUGUAGCAGUGGUUUCCAUUUUGGGGUCCGGAUUUGUUUUUUUGUGCCGAAAGAAAUUGUGCAUGUGGAGGAAUGGCAAAGUCGAUAAAAAUAAUGAAGAGAGUAAAGAUCCUUCUGGAGGCAUAGCCCUUCAGGAGGCCCCAAGUGAUGCUUCCAUGGGCAACUGGAGGGCUCCAAGGGCCACUUCAAACAGAUAUGAACCUUGGGACCAACAAGGAUCCAGGAUUUUGGCCCAGGAGGCCAAUAUAAGUCCAUCCUGUACGACAAACCUGGACGCAAUUCCUGCCAGGUUUUCGUCCAGGGAACCAAUCCAGGAUCGUUGGGAAUUUCCAAGACACAAAAUUAAAGUUUAUGAUAUUUUGGGCGAAGGCGCAUUCGGGCAAGUUUGGCGUUGUGAAGCUCAAGACAUAGACGGUAAGCAAGGACCAAGUACUGUAGCUGUCAAGACUUUGAAAGGCAACGCUACAGAGAGGGACAAAAAGGACUUGGAGUCGGAAUUACAGGUUAUGAAACAAUUAGGCCCUCAUCCAAAUGUGGUGAGACUUUUAGGAUGCUGCAGCGAUCGCCAUCCGAUUUUAGUAAUUUUGGAAUUUGUUGCUAAGGGCAAACUUCAGCAGCAUUUGAGGGAUUCCAGGGCAAAUACUGCCAGUGGGGAAGCCAGACAUUACGGUAACACCCAUGGAAGUGGAGCAGCCUUGACUUCUAGAGAGUUAACAGCUUAUGCUUACCAUGUUGCAAGAGGAAUGGAAUUUUUGACAGCAAAAGGGAUUAUCCAUCGAGAUUUGGCAGCCAGGAACGUUUUGGUAACCGAAGAUGGUGUUUGCAAAGUCGCCGAUUUUGGUUUUGCUCGUGAUUUGGAAUCUAAACAUGUUUAUGAGAGGAAAAGCGAAGGACGGUUGCCAAUUAGAUGGAUGGCUCCAGAAUCCCUCUACGACAACGUUUUCUCAGUACAAUCUGAUGUUUGGAGUUUUGGGGUCCUCAUGUGGGAAAUUGUGACCCUAGGGUCAACGCCUUAUCCAGGUCUAUCAGCUGCCGAUGUCAUGAGAAAGGUUCGUGACGGUCAUCGUCUAGACAAACCAGAGCACUGCAAACGCGAAUUAUAUAAUAUAAUGUACUACUGUUGGGCCAGAGAACCGGCAGACAGGCCCGGAUUCCCAGAAUGUGCCGAAUUAUUAGAAAGACUUCUUCUACAAGACACAGAUUACAUAGAAAUGGAACUAUUUCCGGAACACAGUUACCAGAAUUUGCCGACUUUGAGCGAGACUGAAGUCACCGGAGAAAAACUGUAA